AUGUGUUUACUAAAAGAUUCAAUUAAAGACAGAUAAUCAGUGUUUAUCUUUACAAAUUCCCAAUAAUAUGUUUGCUUCUUAUAUUCUGAGUAUAGUAAACCGUAUGAUAGCCUAACUGAGCAAUAGUUAAGAAUUCUAACUUUCUUCUUUAGUACAAUAAUCCCAAUUAAAGGAAUUAUUAUUGCCCAUAUCAAAAAUAAAGGUAAAAAUAAGAUUAAUAUAUAAGAGUAGUAUUCCAUAGUGUAGCAUUUUAAAGUAACAUCUGCAGUUAGAUACUAAAUUCCUCCAAUAUCUCUACAAGAUAUAAUCUGA